AUGCCGAAGCUGUACAGGCUGUCCAGGCUCGUUGACCUGGGUCCUCAGGACUCUCCCAAGCCACAGGACCAGGUGGACCGAACUGCUCUCGAGGUAUUCGCCAGCUUCGGCUCGCAUUUCCAAGCCUCCCUGCAGCCCUGGUACGAGGUGCUCGUGGACUUGGCUCUAUUCAGAGAACACGCCCUUGUUCUGCUCAACGAUCUUGCCACCAGCAUUGUCACACUCUCUCCAAUGGUGAACCCACUCGUGCUACGCUCCUUCAUGGGUCUCUUCUCCGAUUUUGUGCGAGUUAAUCUCCUCUCGUUGAGGGCAGGGAAGAAAAUGAUAGUGCAGGUGCACGCACUGACAGUGCACUAUACCACCAACGGUCAACUGCCAGAGAGCUACGACAGGGUGCUGCAGUACGUGCAGGCAUACGACACCCCCAUGCUGGGCCUGCAGGAGGAUCUCAGGAUUGUUGCUCCCCGAAUCUCCAAGGCUGUGGACACCGUUGCUCCUAUCAUUCUCGCAUGGGAAGACACUCAGAAGCUUCGCACAGACAUCUUUGUGAAGCCCUUCGCGUCGUGGCCCGAUGUGGCAUCCACCCCUCCGCCCUGGGAUCUUAUGAGCGAGGAGCUGGUGAGCAUGGAGGCAUACAGCGAGUGGGCGGUCUUCGCCCUGCUCACAUGCCCUGUGGAGAUUGUAAAAGGCACGCGUGACGCUGCUGCUCUUAUCCAGGCUCUCCUCCACACGAGGGCCAUUGUGCCUCUGUUCAGGGAUGAGGUGCUGUGCGUGCAUGCAGAGGUGCAGCAGUGGGCGGUGGGGCGCAUGGGGGAGGGGAAGAAGGCGGCCAAGGCAGCAGCAAGGCACAGAGCGCAGGGAGCAGAGGAGGAGUAUCAGCGACUGAGGGAGUGCUGUAGACUGAUAGGGUGA